UUCGGCAAUCAGAGCGUAACUCGCGGCCACAACAACACCAAAGUCGUCGUCUUAUAAGACCAGACGAACGAAGAUAGUGGCUGCCGUGAUGCGUUCCCACCACAGACAAAUUGCUUUGUUCAUCAUGCUGCUUUGAGGCUCAACGAGCGGUUAAAAUCCAAGCUGCUCUCGAUCGAUUAAGAAGACAAUGAGCUGCUCAUCGCUUCUCCUCGUAGUAUUCCUGUCACAAAUACACCAUGCGGAUGCUGCAACGUGUACCACCGAAUUAAUACUAACCUCGGUGCUCGGCGGCGUUCUAGCAUUGCUUCUAAUCGCACUUGUUUUAUACUGUUGCAUUACCCGACGGCGUGAAGCACGUAAAAUCCCAGUGUCCACCAAAUCACUGGUAUCGUCUGUCGAAGAGGGAGGCAGCCAAGGAUUUGCUAAUUCAAGAAUGGAUUUCACUCUUGCUGAUGUGGAAAUGCAGGAACGAGAAAGCGAAGAACGACAACUUUGUUCACAGUGCCAUCAGCGAAUGAGACGAGCCAAUAUUGAAAUGCCUACCGUGGCAGUAAAUAUCGGCAUGUCUACCAGCGAAGAAAGACUUCCUGUAAAUGGUAGUUUUUCGGAGUCUGGUUCGGUUUCACCCGUUGACGAGCCAAGAAUUUUCGUUUUUGUUGAAAAAAAGGAAGGUGAAAGCCUUGGUUUAUACCUUGUGCCAUUUGAAGAGGAACCCUUAACGGGACUUUAUGUGAAAACUAUUGUUGCUGGAAAAUCAGCAGCACGCCUGCACGUCUUUGAUCCAGGCGACAAAAUCGUAACAGUGAACGGAAAGUCAUUGAGUGGUCUCACGUAUCGUGAAGCUACAGACUUCAUCCGACAUUGUCCUGGACCCAAUGUAAAGAUGGGAAUUAUCAAACAUGCGUUGCAUAAAAAAGAAGACCUUGCAAAGCUCGACAGCAUGUCGGUCUUUCAGAGUCACUCUGGCGCAGAUCUUGAACUUGCCGGGUCCGCUGCUCUUGGUGUCAGCGGUCACGCUUCAGCCGCACGGUUAUCGGGAAAUGUACCUAAACCUAACCUCGUGGGUGGUGAAGGUGCAUCAAAAGAGUUGGUUGUCGAAGAGCAAAUAGCCAUUGCAAAGCCCGAGGUCUCAUACAAUGUUGAAUCAACUCCGGACUUUGGGAUGGAUUUUGACGGAUUCGGAGGUAAAACCGAUAAUAAUUUGGACACUUCCGGUGGCAUAGACACUAACGCAAAUUUGGAUGGGAAAGGUGAUGCUUCCGAAGGGGAUGUGAAUAUCGACUUCACCCCACCUGCUGGUAUCUUCGACGCUGAUCUGUCGAUGCCUGGACCAUCAGCUUCCACUGAGGUAAAGUUACCAGAUGCACCUAAUAGCGAUACUAAAGAGGCUAACCUUAACGUGCACUCAAAAGAUUCAAAGUUUUCUUUAAAAAAGUAUUUCAGCGGCAGCAAAUCAAAGGAGGUUAGCAUCUCGUCUUCUGAUGAGUCUAAGAGAAAAUCUGGAGGCUUCUCGAAGUUUUUCGGGCAUAAAAGUCCCAGUCGCCGCGUGGAUGCACCGCGGGGCGACGCCUCUGGGGACGUGGAAUUGUCAGGCUUCAAGGCUGGCAAGGAUAACGUUGAUGCGAACGUUAAUCUGCCAUCUGCAAGCGCAGAUGUCAAUAUUCCCAGUGCUCAAGUUAAAGGUGACUUACCCGAGAGAGAUGUAAACCUGGGAGUUGGUCUUCCGUCUGUUGGUUUUGGUGGAUUGAAGAUUGAAAGUAGUGGAAGCGAAACAUCAGAUGGCGAAGGAGGUCGCAUUAAAAGGAAGUUGAAAACAUCGAAGAUUGGAAUAGGAUUUGGUGGUGGUGUAUCUGGUGGUGCUAAAGGUGGUGGAGACAGUGACAGUACUUCCGAUGGUCAAGGAGGAAGAAUAAAAAGAAAAUUCAAAGCUCCAAAAGUUGGUUUUGGUAUCUCUGGUGGUGCUAAAGGUGAUGCAGACAGUGACAGUACUUCUGAUGGUCAAGGAGGAAGAAUAAAACGAAAAUUCAAAGCACCUAAAGUUGGUUUUGGUAUCUCUGGUGGUGCUAAAGGUGAUGGAGACAGUGACAGUACUUCUGAUGGUCAAGGAGGAAGAAUAAAACGAAAAUUCAAAGCACCUAAAGUUGGUUUUGGUAUCUCUGGUGGUGCUAAAGGUGAUGGAGACAGUGACAGUACUUCUGAUGGUCAAGGAGGAAGAAUAAAAAGAAAGCUGAAGAUUAAAGGUCCCAGUUUUGGUAUUUCUGGAGGUGCUGAUAAGUCUGGUUAUGAAAGUGAUAGUGAAACAUCGGAUGGAGAAGGUGGAAGGAUAAAAAGAAAACUGAAACUUGCUAAGCCUGGACUUGGAGUAAAUAUUUCGGGAAAAGCCGACCAGUCAAAACCUCACAGCGACAGUGAAACCUCAGAUGGCGAAGGUGGAAGAAUUAAGAAAAAGAAGAAAUACAAAUUCAAGUUUCCGAAAUUUGGUUUUGGUGGAAAAAAGAAGUCAAAAGACAAGCUAAAGAAGGGAAAGCAUGGUGAUGCAUCUGCAGGUGUGAAUGCAGACUUCGAUGGAGUGAAGAAACAAGAAAUUGACCUUCAACUGCAAAACAAACCACCAUCUAGUGUUGGGAUUGGUGGUAACAUUUCUGGUGGAUUUAAAGGACCCAAAGGUGAUGAUAGUGGUAGUGAAACAUCAGAUGGUCAUGGUGGAAGAAUUAAACGUAAGCUCAAAUUGCCUUCUGGUGGUUUUGGGAUAUCUGGUGGUAUCAAAGGACCAAAAGGUGAUGGUGAUAGCAGUGGUAGUGAAACAUCAGAUGGUCAUGGUGGAAGAAUUAAACGAAAGCUCAAAAUGCCUUCUGGUGGUUUUGGGAUAUCUGGUGGUAUCAAAGGACCAAAAGGUGAUGGUGAUAGCAGUGGUAGUGAAACAUCGGAUGGUCAUGGUGGAAAAAUAAAACGAAAGCUCAAAAUGCCUUCUGGUGGUUUUGGGAUAUCUGGUGGUAUCAAAGGACCAAAAGGUGAUGGUGAUAGCAGUGGUAGUGAAACAUCAGAUGGUCAUGGUGGAAGAAUUAAACGAAAGCUCAAAUUGCCUUCUGGUGGUUUUGGAAUAUCUGGUGGUAUUAAAGGACCAAAAGGUGAUGGUGAUAGCAGUGGUAGCGAAACAUCAGAUGGUCAUGGUGGAAGAAUAAAACGAAAACUCAAAUUGCCUUCUGGUGGUUUUGGGAUAUCUGGUGGUAUCAAAGGACCCAAAGGUGAUGGUGAUAGCAGUGGUAGUGAAACAUCAGAUGGUCAUGGUGGAAGAAUUAAACGAAAGCUCAAAUUGCCUUCUGGUGGUUUUGGGAUAUCUGGUGGUAUCAAAGGACCAAAAGGUGAUGGUGAUAGCAGUGGUAGUGAAACAUCAGAUGGUCAUGGUGGAAGAAUUAAACGAAAGCUCAAAAUGCCUUCUGAUGGUUUUGGGAUAUCUGGUGGUAUCAAAGGACCAAAAGGUGAUGGUGAUAGCAGUGGUAGUGAAACAUCGGAUGGUCAUGGUGGAAAAAUAAAACGAAAGCUCAAAAUGCCUUCUGGUGGUUUUGGGAUAUCUGGUGGUAUCAAAGGACCAAAAGGUGAUGGUGAUAGCAGUGGUAGUGAAACAUCAGAUGGUCAUGGUGGAAGAAUUAAACGAAAUCUAAAAUUGCCUUCUGGUGGUUUUGGGUUAUCUGGUGGUAUCAAAGGACCAAAAGGUGAUGGUGAUAGCAGUGGUAGUGAAACGUCAGAUGGUCAUGGUGGAAGAAUAAAACGAAAGCUAAAAUUGCCUUCUGGUGGUUUUGGGUUAUCUGGUGGUAUCAAAGGACCAAAAGGUGAUGGUGAUAGCAGUGGUAGCGAAACAUCAGAUGGUCAUGGUGGAAGAAUAAAACGAAAGCUAAAAUUGCCUUCUGGUGGUAUUGGUAUUUCUGGUGGUGUUAAAGGAAAAAAAGGUGAUGAUAGCGGAAGUGAAACAUCAGAUGGAAAUGGAGGGAGGAUAAAGAGAAAGUUGAAAUUGCCAUCAGGAGGAGUCGGAGGAAAUAUUAGUGUGGGGGGUGAUGUCAAAUCCUCCCGUAAAUCACAAGAAGACAGCUCUGAUGAUGAUGACCACAAGAAAAAGAAACGAUUUAGCUUACCGAAAUUUGGAUUUGGGUUUGGUGGUAAAAAGUCGAAGGACAAAAAGAAAAAGAAAAGCAAAGGUGGUGAUUCCGAUACCUCUGAUGACGAAAAGGCAAAAAGGAAGAUUGAACUUGGAAGUACAGGACUUGAAGCUGAUCUGAAAAAACCAGAAGUUGAUAUCAAAGUUGGAGGGGCCAAAGUAGGCGAUGAUAGUGGUAGUGAAACCUCUGACGGUCAGGGAGGAAGAAUCAAACGUAAACUCAAAGUUAAAGGUCCAAAUUUUGGAAUUGGCUUUGGUGGUGACGGUAAAGCAGGAGGUUCAAAAUCGGACAGUGACACUUCAGAUGGUCAUGGUGGGAGAAUAAAACGAAAGCUCAAAAUGCCUUCUGGUGGUUUUGGGAUAUCUGGUGGUAUAAAAGGACCAAAAGGUGAUGGUAAUAGCAGUGGUAGUGAAACAUCAGAUGGUCAUGGUGGGAGAAUAAAACGAAAGCUCAAAAUGCCUUCUGGUGGUUUUGGGAUAUCUGGUGGUAUAAAAGGACCAAAAGGUGAUGGUGAUAGCAGUGGUAGUGAAACAUCAGAUGGUCACGGUGGAAGAAUAAAACGGAAGCUCAAAAUGCCUUCUGGUGGUUUUGGGAUUUCUGGUGGUAUCAAAGGACCUAAAGGUGAUGGUGAUAGCAGUGGUAGUGACACAUCAGAUGGUCAUGGUGGAAAAAUAAAACGAAAGCUCAAAAUGCCUUCUGGUGGUAUUGGUAUUUCUGGUGGUAUCAAAGGAUCAAAACCAGAUGACAGCGGCAGUUCAACUUCCGAUGGUGAAGGAGGAAGGAUAAAAAGAAAACUAAAGCUUCCAUCCGUAGGAAUUAAAGGUGGUGCAGGUGGAAAAAUAGACGGUGAAUUUAAACAUUCAAAAUCCAAAGGUGACAGCAGUGAUAGCUCUGAUGAUGAGGGAGGAAAAAAGAAAGGCAAAUUUCAUUUCAGUCUUCCGAAGUUCGGAUUUGGAAGUAAGAAAUCCAAAAAAAAGAAAUCAAAGAAAGAAAAAGAUACGGAAAGCAGUGACAGUGAAACAUCAGAUGGUCAAGGAGGAAGAAUUAAGAGAAAACUGAAAUUGCCUUCUGGUGGUAUUGGUAUUUCAGGUGGUAUGAAAGGACCUAAAGGUGAUGGUGAUAGCAGUGGUAGUGAAACAUCAGAUGGUCAUGGUGGAAGAAUUAAACGAAAGCUCAAAAUGCCUUCUGGUGGUUUUGGAAUAUCUGGUGGCAUUAAAGGACCCAAAGGUGAUGGUGAUAGCAGUGGUAGUGAAACAUCAGAUGGUCAUGGGGGAAGAAUAAAACGAAAAUUGAAACUAAAGGGUCCUAAAUUUGGAAUUGGUUUCAAAGGUCCAAAAGGUGAUGGUGAUAGCAGUGGUAGCGAAACAUCAGAUGGUCAUGGUGGAAGAAUUAAACGAAAGCUCAAAAUGCCUUCGGGUGGUUUGGGGAUAUCUGGUGGUAUCAAAGGACCAAAAGGGGAUGAUGAACCUAAAAUCGAGCUUCCAUCUGUUGAUUUUGGUGGUGAAAUCAAAAAGGCAGAAGUUGAUACUCAACUUGAAUCACAGCCAUCUGGACACGGAGAUUUUGGUGGAGAUUUCAGCUUACUAAAGGCAGAAAGUGACAGUGGGAGCGAAACAUCCGAUGGUCAAGGUGGAAGAAUAAAACGUAAACUAAAACUGAAGGGUCCUAAAUUUGGAAUUGGAUUUGAUGGAAGUGCAGACGGAAAAGUUAAAGGCUCUAAAUCGGACAGUGAUAGUGACACAUCAGAUGGUCAUGGUGGAAGAAUAAAACGAAAAUUGAAACUAAAGGGUCCUAAAUUUGGAAUUGGUUUCAAAGGUCCAAAAGGUGAUGGUGAUAGCAGUGGUAGCGAAACAUCUGAUGGUCAUGGUGGGAGAAUAAAACGAAAGCUCAAAAUGCCUUCUGGUAGUUUUGGUAUUUCUGGUGGUAUCAAAGGACCCAAAGGUGAUGGUGAUAGCAGUGGUAGCGACACAUCAGAUGGUCAUGGUGGGAGAAUUAAACGAAAGCUCAAAAUGCCUUCCGGUGGUUUUGGCAUAUCUGGUGGUAUAAAAUGUCCAAAAGGUGAUGGUGAUAGCAGUGGUAGCGAAACAUCUGAUGGUCAUGGUGGGAGAAUUAAACGAAAGUUCAAAAUGCCUUCUGGUGGUAUUGGUAUUUCUGGUGGUAUCAAAGGAUCAAAACCAGAUGACAGUGGCAGUUCAACUUCCGAUGGUGAAGGAGGAAGGAUAAAAAGAAAGUUAAAGCUUCCAUCUGAAGGAAUUGACGGCGGUGCAGGUGGAAAAAUAGACGGUAAAUUUAAACAUUCAAAAUCCAAAGGUGACAGCAGUGAUAGCUCUGAUGAUGAGGGAGGAAAGAAAAAGGGCAAGUUUCAUAUUGGCUUACCAAAGUUUGGAUUUGGAGGCAAAAAAGACAAGAAAAAGAAAUCAAAAAAAGGCAAAGAUAGUGAUAGCAGUGACAGUGAUACAUCUGAUGGAAAUGGAGGACGAAUCAAGAGAAAACUGAAAUUGCCUUCUGGUGGUGUUGGUAUUUCGGGUGGUUUCAAAGGACCCAAAGGUGGUGGUGAUAGCAGUGGUAGUGAAACAUCAGAUGGUAACGGUGGAAGAAUAAAACGAAAACUUAAACUAAAAGGUCCUAAAUUUGGAGUCGAAUUUGAUGGAAGUGCGGAUGGAAAAGUUAAAGGCUCUAUAUCAGACAGUGAUAGUGACACAUCAGAUGGUCAUGGUGGAAGAAUAAAGCGAAAGCUCAAAAUGCCUUCUGGUGGUUUUGGAAUAUCUGGUGGUAUCAAAGGACCCAAAGGUGAUGGUUAUAGCAGUGGUAGUGAAACAUCAGAUGGUCAUGGUGGAAGAAUUAAACGAAAGCUCAAAAUGCCUUCUGGUGGUAUUGGUAUUUCUGGUGGUAUCAAAGGACCCAAAGGUGAUGGUGAUAGCAGUGGUAGUGAAACAUCAGAUGGUCAUGGUGGAAGAAUUAAACGAAAGCUCAAAAUGCCUUCUGGUGGUAUUGGUAUUUCUGGUGGCAUCAAAGGAUCAAAACCAGAUGACAGCGGCAGUUCAACUUCCGAUGGUGAAGGAGGAAGGAUAAAGCGAAAACUAAAGCUUCCAUCCAUAGGAAUUGACGGCGGUGCAGGUCGAAAAAUAGACGGUAAAUUUAAACAUUCAAAAUCCAAAGGUGACAGCAGUGAUAGCUCUGAUGAUGAGGGAGGAAAGAAAAAGGGCAAGUUUCAUAUUGGCUUACCAAAGUUUGGAUUUGGAGGCAAAAAAGACAAGAAAAAGAAAUCAAAGAAAGGAAAAGGUAGUGGUAGCAGUGACAGUGAUACAUCUGAUGGACACGGAGGACGAAUCAAGAGAAAACUAAAAUUGCCUUCUGGUGGUAUUGGUAUUUCUGGUGAUGUCCAAGGCCCUAAGGGAGAUGGUGACAGCAGUGGUAGCGAAACAUCCGAUGGUAACGGUGGAAGAAUAAAACGAAAACUUAAACUAAAAGGUCCUAAAUUUGGAAUUGGAUUUGAUGGAAGUGCGGACGGAAAAGUUAAAGGGGCUAAAUCAGACAGUGAUAGUGACACAUCAGAUGGUCAUGGUGGAAGAAUAAAACGUAAGCUCAAAAUGCCUUCUGGUGGUUUUGGAAUAUCUGGUGGUAUGAAAGGACCCAAAGGUGAUGGUGAUAGCAGUGGUAGCGAAACAUCAGAUGGUCAUGGUGGAAGAAUUAAACGAAAGCUCAAAAUGCCUUCUGGUGGUUUUGGAAUAUCUGGUGGUAUUAAAGGACCCAAAGGUGAUGGUGAUAGCAGUGGUAGCGAAACAUCAGAUGGUCAUGGUGGAAGAAUUAAACGAAAGCUCAAAAUGCCCUCUGGUGGUUUUGGAAUAUCUGGUGGUAUUAAAGGACCCAAAGGUGAUGGUGAUAGCAGUGGUAGCGAAACAUCAGAUGGUCAUGGUGGAAGAAUUAAACGAAAGCUCAAAAUGCCUUCUGGUGGUUUUGGGAUAUCUGGUGGUAUCAAAGGACGAAAAGGUGAUGGUGAUGGCAGUGGUAGUGAAACAUCAGAUGGUCAUGGUGGAAGAAUAAAGCGAAAGCUCAAAAUGCCAUCUGGUGGUAUUGGUAUUUCUGGUGGUAUCAAAGGAUCAAAACCAGAUGACAGUGGCAGUUCAACUUCCGAUGGUGAAGGAGGAAGGAUCAAACGUAAACUAAAGCUUCCAUCCAUAGGAAUUGACGGCGGUACUGGUGGAAAAAUAGACGGUAAAUUUAAACAUUCAAAAUCCAAAGGUGACAGCAGUGAUAGCUCUGAUGAUGAGGGAGGAAAGAAAAAGGGCAAAUUCCAUAUUGGCUUACCAAAGUUUGGGUUUGGAGGCAAAAAAGACAAGAAAAAGAAAUCAAAGAAAGGCAAAGAUAGCAGUGACAGCAGUGACAGUGAAACAUCUGAUGGACACGGAGGACGAAUAAAGAGAAAACUGAAAUUGCCUUCUGGUGGUAUUGGUAUUUCUGGUGAUGUCAAAGGCCCUAAGGGAGAUGGUGACAGCAGUGGUAGUGAAACAUCCGAUGGUAACGGUGGAAGAAUAAAACGUAAACUUAAACUAAAAGGUCCUAAAUUUGGAAUUGGAUUUAAUGGAAGUGCGGAUGGAAAAAUUAAAGGCGGUAAAUCAGACAGUGAUAGUGACACAUCAGAUGGUCAUGGUGGAAGAAUAAAACGAAAGCUAAAAUUGCCUUCUGGUGGUUUUGGAAUAUCUGGUGGUAUCAAAGGACCCAAAGGUGAUGGUGAUAGCAGUGGCAGUGAAACAUCAGAUGGUCAUGGUGGAAGAAUUAAACGAAAGCUCAAAAUGCCUUCUGGUGGUUUUGGUAUUUCUGGUGGUAUCAAAGGACCAAAAGGUGAUGCUGAUAGUAGUGGUAGUGAAACAUCAGAUGGUCAUGGUGGAAGAAUUAAACGAAAGCUCAAAACGCCUUCUGGUGGUUUUGGUAUUUCUGGUGGUAUCAAAGGAUCAAAACCAGAUGACAGUGGCAGUUCAACUUCCGAUGGUGAAGGAGGAAGGAUAAAACGAAAACUCAAGCUUCCAUCCGUAGGAAUUGACGGCGGUGCAGGUGGAAAAAUAGACGGUAAAUUUAAACAUUCAAAAUCCAAAGGUGACAGCAGUGAUAGCUCUGAUGAUGAGGGAGGAAAGAAAAAAGGCAAAUUUCAUUUCCAUCUUCCGAAGUUUGGAUUUGGAAGUAAGAAAUCCAAAAAAAAGAAAUCGAAGAAAGAAAAAGAUAAGGAAAGCAGUGACAGUGAAACAUCAGAUGGUCAAGGGGGAAGAAUUAAGAGAAAACUCAAAAUGCCUUCAGGUGGUAUUGGAAUAUCUGGUGGUAUCAAAGGACCCAAAGGUGAUGGUGAUAGCAGUGGUAGUGAAACAUCAGAUGGUCAUGGUGGAAGAAUUAAACGAAAGCUCAAAAUGCCUUCUGGUGGGUUUGGGAUAUCUGGUGGAAUCAAAGCACCAAAAGGUGAAGGUGAAACCAAAAUCGAGCUUCCAUCUGUUGAUAUUGGUGGUGAAAUCCAGAAGGCAGAAGUUGAUACUCAACUUGAGUCACAGCCAUCUGGACACGGAGAUUUUGGUGGAGAUUUUAGCUUACCAAAGAUAGAAGGUGAUAGUGGGAGUGAUACAUCUGAUGGCCAAGGUGGACGAAUUAAGCGAAGACUGAAAAUGCCAAAAGUUGGUGGUGGUUUUGAUAUUGGAAUAUCUGGCCGAGGAAAAGGAGAUAAAGAUAGUGGUAGUGACACAUCAGAUGGUCAUGGUGGAAGAAUAAAACGAAAACUCAAAAUGCCUUCUGGUGGUUUUGGCAUAUCUGGUGGUAUCAAAGGACCCAAAGGUGAUGGUGAUAGCAGUGGUAGUGAAACAUCAGAUGGUCAUGGUGGAAGAAUUAAACGAAAGCUCAAAAUGCCUUCGGGUGGUUUGGGGAUAUCUGGUGGUAUCAAAGGUGCAAAAGGUGAUGGUGAUAGCAGCGGUAGCGAAACAUCAGAUGGUCAUGGUGGCAGAAUAAAACGAAAACUCAAAAUGCCUUCUGGUGGUUUUGGUAUUUCUGGUGGUAUCAAAGGAUCAAAACCAGAUGACAGUGGCAGUUCAACUUCCGAUGGUGAAGGAGGAAGGAUAAAAAGAAAGUUAAAGCUUCCAUCUGUAGGAAUUGAAGGUGGUGCAGGUGGAAAAAUAGACGGUAAAUUUAAACAUUCAAAAUCCAAAGGUGACAGCAGUGAUAGCUCUGAUGAUGAGGGAGGAAAGAAAAAGGGCAAAUUCCAUAUUGGCUUACCAAAGUUUGGGUUUGGAGGCAAAAAAGACAAGAAAAAGAAAUCAAAGAAAGACAAAGAUAGUGAUAGCAGUGACAGUGAUACAUCUGAUGGACACGGAGGACGAAUCAAGAGAAAACUGAAAUUGCCUUCUGGUGGUAUUGGUAUUUCUGGUGGUAUCAAAGGACCCAAAGGUGAUGGUGAUAGCAGUGGUAGUGACACAUCAGAUGGUCAUGGAGGAAGAAUUAAACGAAAGCUCAAAAUGCCUUCUGGUGGUUUUGGAAUAUCUGGUGGUAUCAAAGGACCCAAAGGUGAUGGUGAUAGCAGUGGUAGUGAAACAUCAGAUGGUCAUGGUGGAAGAAUUAAACGAAAGCUCAAAAUGCCUUCUGGUGGUUUUGGAAUAUCUGGUGGUAUCAAAGGACGAAAAGGUGAUGGUGAUAGCAGUGGUAGUGAAACAUCAGAUGGUCAUGGUGGAAGAAUAAAACGAAAGCUCAAAAUGCCUUCUGGUGGUAUUGGUAUUUCUGGAGGUAUGAAAGGAUCAAAAGCAGACGACAGUGGCAGUUCAACUUCCGAUGGUGAAGGAGGAAGGAUCAAACGUAAACUAAAGCUUCCAUCCAUAGGAAUUGAAGGUGGUGCAGGUGGAAAAAUAGACGGUAAAUUUAAACAUUCAAAGUCCAAAGGUGACAGCAGUGAUAGCUCUGAUGAUGAGGGAGGAAAGAAAAAGGGCAAAUUCCAUAUUGGCUUACCAAAGUUUGGGUUUGGAGGCAAAAAAGACAAGAAAAAGAAAUCAAAGAAAGGCAAAGAUAGUGAUAGCAGUGACAGUGAUACAUCUGAUGGACACGGAGGACGAAUCAAGAGAAAACUAAAAUUGCCUUCUGGUGGUAUUGGUAUUUCUGGUGAUGUCCGAGGCCCUAAGGGAGAUGGUGACAGCAGUGGUAGCGAAACAUCCGAUGGUAACGGUGGAAGAAUAAAACGAAAACUUAAACUAAAAGGUCCUAAAUUUGGAAUUGGAUUUGAUGGAAGUGCGGAUGGAAAAGUUAAAGGGGCUAAAUCAGACAGUGAUAGUGACACAUCAGAUGGUCAUGGUGGAAGAAUAAAACGUAAGCUCAAAAUGCCUUCUGGUGGUUUCGGAAUAUCUGGUGGUAUGAAAGUGCCAAAAGAUGAUGGUGAUAGCAGUGGUAGUGAAACAUCAGAUGGUCAUGGUGGAAGAAUAAAACGAAAACUCAAAAUGCCUUCUGGUGGGUUUGGGAUAUCUGGUGGUAUCAAAGGACCGAAAGGUGAUGGUGAUAGCAGUGGUAGUGAAACAUCGGAUGGUCAUGGUGGAAGAAUAAAACGAAAGCUGAAAAUGCCUUCUGGUGGUUUUGGUAUUUCUGGUGGUAUCAAAGGAUCAAAACCAGAUGACAGUGGCAGUUCAACUUCCGAUGGUGAAGGAGGAAGGAUAAAAAGAAAGUUAAAGCUUCCAUCCGUAGGAAUUGAAGGUGGUGCAGGUGGAAAAAUAGACAGUAAAUUUAAACAUUCAAAAUCCAAAGGUGACAGCAGUGAUAGCUCUGAUGAUGAGGGAGGAAAGAAGAAAGGCAAAUUUCAUAUUGGCUUACCAAAGUUUGGAUUUGGAGGAAAGAAAGACAAGAAAAAGAAAUCAAAGAAAGCCAAAGAACAUGAUAGCAGUGACAGUGAAACAUCAGAUGGUCAUGGCGGAAGAAUAAAACGAAAGUUAAAAAUGUCUUCUGGUGGUUUUGGUAUUUCUGAUGGCAUCAAAGGGGCAAAAAUAGAUGGGGAUAGCAGUGGUAGCGAGACUUCAGAUGGCAACGGUGGAAAAAUAAAGAGAAAAUUUAAAUAUCCUUCUGGUGGGGCUAAUAUAGAUGUCAACCUUGGUCACAAAGGAGACCUUUCUGGUGAUGAUGAGCACAAAAAGAAAUUUAAACUUCCAAAGAUGAAAUUAGGAAGUCUACGUAGGUCCAAAAAGUCUAAGAAAAGUUCCAGUUCGGAUGCUGAGCAUAACAUUGACUUACUAUCUGUCGAUCUACAAGGUGGAACCCCUAAAGCAGACGUUGAUGUCAAGUUACAAUCUCAGCCACCAACAGCACGUGAUAGUGAUAGUGACACAUCAGAUGGUCAUGGUGGAAGAAUUAAACGAAAGCUCAAAAUGCCUUCUGCUGGUUUUGGGAUAUCUGGUGGUAUCAAAAGACCAAAAGGUGAUGGUGAUAGCAGUGAUAGUGAUACAUCUGAUGGUCAUGGUGGAAGAAUAAAACGAAAGCUCAAAAUGCCUUCUGGUGCUUUUGGAAUAUCUGGUGGUAUGAAAGGGCCCAAAGGUGAUGGUGACAGCAGUGGUAGCGAAACAUCCGAUGGUAACGGUGGAAGAAUAAAACGAAAUCUUAAACUAAAAGGUCCUAAAUUUGGAAUUGGAUUUGAUGGAAGUGCCGAUGGAAAAGUUAAAGGCUCUAAAUCAGACAGUGAUAGUGACACAUCAGAUGGUCAUGAUGGAAGAAUGAAACGAAAGCUCAAAAUGCCUUCUGGUGGUUUUGGUAUUUCUGGUGGUAUCAAAGGAUCAAAACCAGAUGACAGUGGCAGCUCAACUUCCGAUGGUGAAGGAGGAAGGAUAAAAAGAAAGUUAAAGCUUCCAUCCGUGACAGCAGUGAUAGCUCUGAUGAUGAGGGAGGAAGGAAGAAAGGCAAAUUUCAUUUCAGUCUUCCGAAGUUCGGAUUUGGAAGUAAGAAAUCCAAAAAGAAAUCGAAGAAACAAAAAGAUACGGAAAGCAGUGACAGUGAAACAUCAGAUGGUCAAGGAGGAAGAAUUAAGAGAAAACUGA